AUGGGGACUGCUAUUUCGGUGUGCCGCAAUGUGCUGGAUGCUGCCUUCAUGGAUGAGGAGGAGCUGUCAUCCGCGCUAGCCCAGCAGUACGGGCCACAGCUGCUCCUUCGUGUUGAUGCAGCGCCUAUACGCGAUGGCCCCGGAGUUCACGGAAAUCCGUUCCGGCUGACGGAUGAGGUAAUACUGGAGGGUGUGGAGACCGUGGGGGUCUAUGCCCAGUUCAUGGCGCGCUUCAGCAUGGCGCGACGCUUCCGAUCGGGUUCCAAACCUCCGUUCACUUGGCCAACUACGGAGCGAGCAUGUACGCCGCAUGUUUUCAUGCGGGCGAGGGUGGAAGGUACAUCCAGGUACGUUUUGCUGGACUUCUGUGCAUCCUUGAGCGAGCAGACGCUGGCUCAGGUAAUGCUUUCUUUACAAGACAGCAAGGAGAUGAUCCAGUAUGCUGCCAACUUCAAUCAGUACCUGUCUGAGGCAGCUGCUGCCGAUGGUGGAGGAGAUGUUCCUCAAGUCAAGAUUUGUGCGCCUGUGGGCUGCCGUGUGCUGGACAGCAAGAUUCCGCAGCUGACAAACUCGGAUGCUUAUGUGGUCAUCAUGGACUACCCGGCAACCGACGUCACUAAGUUUAUGCUGGAUGGUACAGAGGAGUAUCACGAACUGGCACAAACCUUCUUCCAUUACGUGCUUUGGCAAAGUGGUGGCCGGGCCCUGCCUUUCGACCUUCAAGGAAUUGAAACUGGUCAGGGGGAUCUUGUCCUCGCAGAUCCCUGCCUCCUUCGGGAGAGUGACGAUGUCUCAGAUCAGUGUCGCGAAGAGGCUUUCGCUGUCCUGCACAGGACAUGCGGGCAGCUAUGCAAAGGCUUCGAUCCGCACCGGCGCAGCGGCAAGGUGCGGAGAGUUUGUGGUGUACCAUCCUGCAGCUUGCAGACCGCGCUGCGUUGA